AUGAAACAAUUGAGUGAGACGCCUGGGGUGGAGUCCACGUCUUUCGACUUGGACUAUGAGGACCUGUCUUAUACGCGACAGCGUGAGAGGAAGUUUUUAUGGAAACUGGACGUGUGUCUCAUUUCAUGGGCAUGGCUAGCUUAUCUUAUCAAGCAAAUCGACUCAUCAAACUACAAGACCGCUUACGUUUCGGGGAUGAAAGAGGAUAUGAAACUGGAUGCCAAUGAGCUCAAUUAUCUCAACACCUACUUUAAGAUAGGAUAUGCCAUAUUCCUCCUUCCUUCCCAAAUUAUCUUGACACGUGUCAGACCUUCUCUCUGGCUUCCGCCACUCGAGCUCUUAUGGGGCGUGAUGACAGGCUUAAUGGCUGCAGCGCACAACGUGAAGGGGAUGUACGCACUUCGAUUCCUCAUCGGCGCAUUUGAGGCCUCAUCAUAUCCCGGCAUCGUGAGCGUUCUAUGUAACUGGUAUACACCUUCGGAGCUCGCAACAAGGAUAGCGUUGUUUGGCACGUCUUAUCCCGCGGCAUCGAUGUUUGUCUCAUUCAUGCAGGUCGCAAUUCAGUCGACCCUUAACGGAACGCGUGGCAUUUCUGGGUGGAGAUGGCUGUUUAUUUUCAACGCCAUCAUGACUAUCCUCGUUGCCGUCGCUGGCUUUUUCCUCGUACCAGAUUCUCCCGGGACGACCAAAGCUUAUUGGAUGUCAGAGGAAGACAAUCGGAUAUCUGCUGCACGUAUGGCAAGAGUUCACAAGCAGCCGCCAACUAGAUUGACCAAGGCUAUUCUGAAGAAAACAUUCACCGGUUGGCCUCUUUACAUCUUCUUCGGAGCGUAUGCUUUUGCAGCCUGGGCUGCAGAUGCGAACUCAUGGUUCAUGCUCUGGCUUAAAGCUUUGACUCAUCCUGACGGGUCCAAGCGUUUCACCAUUCAGGAGAUCAAUGCGAUUCCCAUUGGUGGCUUUGCGCUGAUGCUCGUCUUGAUGCUGCUCUUCGCAUGGCUCAGCUCGAGAACGGGGUGGAGAGCUACCUGGGUCUCUGUGCAAAAUAUUCUUUUCCUCAUCGGCUGUAUUAUACUUUCUGUUUGGCCUGAGGGAGUCCCAAUCAAAAUGGCCGGCUUUUUUUUAACUUACACAGCAAAUGCUAUCUCGCCAAUCCUCGUCGCUUGGAUGGCAGACAUGUGCCCCAUUCCAGAGGAGCGAGCCAUAAUCAUCGGCGUUACCGUUAGUCUCGUUUACGCCAUGGACAGCUGGAUGAAUCACAUUGAGGAGGAGAAGUGAGUACAUAUUCAACGAUAGAUCGGUUGAACUGUAUUCCGAAAAUCGACCAAUCCUUCGAGUACCUCU